GAAAUCUGACACGCUCCGAAAACACACGACACACCCAGAGAGAGAAUCAAACAAUCAACAGGCACUGAUCCAACGCAGCCAUGAAAGCGCUUCUCUCAGAUUCCUCGUCGUCGUCGUCGUGGUCUUCGUCGGUCACUCCGAAAUCAGGGACCACCAGCGCCAACACAUCCUCCACGCCGAUCCGGGACGACGGAGCCGCCAAGGCCGGGGACAGCUGCUACUUCCCCGGAUGCCGGAAGGACGCCAACUGCGACUGCGAGAUGUGCUUGGCCAGCAUCAACGCGACCCUCGAUCUCUUGCCCGCCAGCGUCCAGAAGAGCUCCUUCACUAAGCUCUCCCCUUCCUCGCAGGCGAUGGCGCGGCGUCGUGCCCCAGUGUCCUUCGACUCGGCCGUUCUGUCCACCCCGGGGUCGAGUGUCUCGAAGACGGUGGACAGUCUGCCAAGCUCGGAAUCAGCUGAUGCGUUGCGUGAGGGGAAGGAGAUGGGGAAGAAGAAGAAGAAGGUGAAGCUGGAGUCGGGGUCGCGGCGGGAGAAUAGGUUUCUGUGGUGGGCUUUGUGUUUCAUGAUGAUAUUCAUGGCGGAUUUGGGGCUUCGGUGGGUGGUCUCAGCUGCUGUAAGGCCCAAGCUAUCGAGUGAUGCGGUGAGGCAGAUUGGUGUGGAGUCUCGGAGAGUAAGUGAUGUGAUUUGGAAGAUCAGGUUUUUGCAGGGAGAGUUGAGGGGUUUGGUUGAAGGGAGGGUUUUAAAUUGCAGUGACCAGAACUCUGCGUGGAAGAUCAGUCAGGGUGGUCUGCUAUUGAAUUCUAGGUGCACACUGUACAAAUCGAUGGCGGAAGAGGUGAGCAUAUGGGGAUGGCCUUUGCAGACCGCUGGGCUUCUCACAACCGGCGCGUCUUCGAGAUCAUUCACAGUCAUCAGAGGCAGAGUCACAGAGUGGAGCAAUGGAAACAUGGGCUAUAUCAUCCGAAAGGUAACUAGUUCUUGGGUGCACGGAAAAUGGUCUGCGUCUGUUGUGCAGCUUGAUCCUGGUACUUUGAUUCUGGAGUACAAAAGGAGCUCGAUAUUGGAUGAGUCGGGAUUUCUAAUGAAAGCACUGGAGUUCUUGAAGUACCAGAUGACGGUAGCAAUUGGACGAAUGAAUCGACGGCUUUGGUAUUUACCUGCUUUCGAGGACCAUCCUGGGCAGAUCAGAGCAAAAGUCCCAACUUGAGGAGCUUGUGUGCGGCAGAAUGCUUCGGUUCUAGAGUCUCAUCCCUUAUGAGAAACUCUUUUGGUUUUUCUGCGCAGCAUUCACAUGGUGAAAUUAAUAGCUCUUGAUUUUGACUAUUCUUUUGUUUUCUAGCCUGUGCUUUGAACAGCAUAAGUCCGAACAAGUUUUAGAUAACGACUGUACUUAUGCGACACAGCAAUUGUAAAGUUUUAGUAGCUUUGAAGAGCUAAGUUCUGAUUGCCAUGUUA